AUGGCCAGUAAUGGGAAACCAUUUGCGAACCACGUUCGACUCUACUCACAAACUGGAUUUAACUUGACUAUCAGAGGAAAUGGGGAAAUAUGUGGAACAGAUGACGAUGCAGAUAAUGACAGUAAAAUCGACAUUUUAUCAGGUGGCGGCGUGAGCCUGGUGAGGCUAUUUGGAGUUAACAGCAAUCUCUAUGUCUGUUUUGGUGAUGAUGGUAUCAUAUAUGGAGAGGAAGAUCCUACAAAUGAGGGGACAAUUUUCGUAGAAGAAUUUCAAGGAUCAUACUCUGCAUUUAUGUCGAACCUUUAUGCUGGAUGGUAUAUCGGAAUAAAGAAGAAUGGCCUUCCAAAAGCUGGCAAUCAAACGAAAUAUGGACAAAAAGCUAUCAAAUUUUUGCCGCGAAGACUUUAA